ACUUAACAGUCUUGCGUCUUGCCGAUAGCUAAUAUCCUUCCUCGAUCGUGGACAAGUUUGCAUGAUCCGCAGCUCGUCGUGCGAUAGCAUCUCGACGACGAGAUUACAGAAUCCUCGAUUGGAAUGUUUUGCCUCAUAUCGCAAAAGAGAGUGACUCAGUGAGAAAAUUAUGAGCUCUUCAAAGUAGUCAUCUUAAAUCGUAAUAAAUUUCUUACAAUGUCUCAUUGCGAAGAGGAUGCGACGUCUCCUGGUUUUCACCAAUUAAGCAUCACAAUUGAAGCAGCAAUACUGAGAAGUUCAACCUUUUUGAAGCCUAAUCCAUAUAUAGAGUUCUCGGUCGAUGAUAAAAGCCCUCGUAAAACAGAGAUAUCAAAGUCCACGUAUCAACCGAAAUGGAACGAGGAAUUUACUAUACUCGUUACACCGUAUUCGCAAUUGCAUUUUCGAUUACUUGAUCAUAGUACAUUUCGUAAGGAUACAUUAAUAGGAGAGAAACGGAUAAACCUGUUUCAAGUGUUAUCGCAUUACAAUGGAAAACUAGAAAAUUUAGAAUUGACGUUUGAUUUAAUGAGCGAGAGCAAGCAUGAUUCUCAACUGUGCAAAGUUGGUGAAUUGAUUACUGUAUUCGAUGGACUUAGAAUCGACACUACUAACGAAAUGCCAGUAAACGUUAACGAACCGUCUUGCCAAAUACAGUCUGAAGGUGCUACGAAUGAUACGCUUAAUAAUCGAAGUAUUCUCAAUGGUGGAGUCCGCGCACGUAUGAGACUACAUAGUUCGGAGAACCUUGUACCUUCUAUAUACCGUGGUUUGACGAAUAUCCAUCUCAAUCCUAAUUACAAUGGUGGAAACAGUCAAGCAAAUAGCAAUAAAAAUGUUGGAUUUUCUACUGCAGUUCCAACUGCAGACGGUACAUCGAGUGGCAAUGCCGUCGGUAGCAGCACUAGCAGUAGCAAUCUCUCCACAAGUAUCCUGGUGAACGGACACGCAAUUCCGAUGACAGAUAAAUCCAUGAUGUCGCCUGGAAACCGGCACGCGGAUGUUCGAACUUUAACGAGUAGAUCUGUUAAAGAGCAAUCCUCGGCGUCGACUAACUCGUCGGAUGGUCGGACGUAUACGUGGAACAAUUACAGCAAUGCGGAUCAAUCUGCCACGAUGAUGAGAUCGGAUUCGCGCGGCCCGCCGCGAUUAGAUCAAUCUCCUUCUGUGGUAUCCGCGCAACAACAAAUUUGCGCGGAUGUACGCGGGAUUCCUCGACAGGAACAUCAGUCUAUGCUUUCCGGUAUGGAUAGUUCAAGUGCUGCUCAAACGGAUGCGAAUACGUCGUCGCAUAUAGAUACAUGCGGUGCUGUUACUGGCGCUCUGCGGAUAGAACAACCGAUCGCUGUAGCUCCUUCGGACGGCCGCACGAUGACGCGUUCGGAACAAUCUACGAGCGUUCUUCUGGCAGAUGAUUUACACGAUCUGCGCGGAGCGAGGCAACUGGAUCAAGUGAAUGUUCGGCGAACGAAUACGACGAGCGAAGAUCAGCGUUCUAUGAGGCAACAGUCGGAGCAAUCCGCGAGCAUUCGUAUGAUUGAUGAUGUACGAGGGAUGAGGCAGCAAUUGGAACAAUCGUCCACGAACGUUCGUGUGGGUGAGGAUUUGCGCGCAAUGAGGCAGCAGUCUCAUCAGGAACAAUUGUCUACAAGUGUUCGCUCGCAGGAGGAUGUGCGAGUUCCUCGCUCCACAGAGCAGUCGAUGAACGCGGCGGCACCGCUUCUAGAUCUACGAGGAGGAUCAUCGCGUGGAGUUUCCCAGCAGAACGCGAGUAUUCCGCUGACGGACAGUCGUACCGUGGUUUUUCGUUCGGAACAGUCAACGGUGAUUCCUCUUACCGAUGGACGAACAAUUCCUAUUGUGGAACACACGUCCCCUGUCGCGCUGCCGGAUUCUCGUUCCAGUAUCGGUCCGCGAAUUUCACAGACCACGACUUCACUGUCUAAUCAGUCCAUCUCCGCGUCCGUGCCAGGACAACCUGUGCAACCGGGUUCUUCCGUAGUACUCACUGAAGAUAUCAAUCAUUCCGAGGAACCCCUGCCGCCCGGUUGGGAAAUGAGAUACGAUUUGUAUGGAAGAAGAUAUUAUGUCGAUCAUAAUACCCGAAGCACAUCUUGGGAGAGACCGCAGCCUUUACCUCCUGGAUGGGAAGUUCGUCGCGACCCGAGGGGUAGAAUUUAUUAUGUUGAUCAUAACACAAGGAGUACCACAUGGCAGAGGCCGAAUACAGAAAGAUUGCAACAUUUUCAACAUUGGCAAGGCGAAAGACAAUAUGUUGUUCAACAAGGCAAUCAAAGAUUUCUUUAUCCUCAGGCUCAUAGUAAUCAAGCUGCUGCUGGUCCAUCGACGUCUAUGAUUGACGAUGAUGAUGCUCUGGGACCAUUACCGGCCGGUUGGGAAAAACGGAAGCAACCGGAAGGAAGAGUUUAUUAUGUAAAUCAUAAAAACCGUACCACGCAAUGGGAAGAUCCUCGAACACAAGGCCAAGAAACUGGAAUGGACGAGCCACCGUUGCCGGACGGUUGGGAAAUACGGUUGACAGAGGAUGGAGUUCGAUAUUUUGUUGAUCACAACACUCGAACGACAACGUUUCAGGAUCCGAGACCUGGUGCGCCUAAAGGCCCGAAAGGUGUAUAUCGCGUUCCAAGAGCGUACGAAAGAUCAUUCCGAUGGAAACUGUCUCAGUUCCGAUUCUUGUGCCAGACUAAUGCAUUGCCUAAUCAUAUUAAGAUUAGCGUUAGUCGGCAGACGUUGUUUGAGGAUUCUUAUCAUCAAAUAAUGAACGCAGAGGCUUUCGCACUAAGACGACGAUUAUAUAUAAUAUUCAAAGGAGAGGAGGGUCUGGAUUAUGGAGGUGUAUCCAGGGAAUGGUUCUUCUUAUUGAGUCACGAAGUUUUAAAUCCGAUGUAUUGCUUAUUCGAGUAUGCCAACAAAAGCAAUUACAGUCUACAAAUAAAUCCAGCAUCAUACGUCAAUCCUGAUCAUUUGCAGUAUUUCAAAUUUAUAGGAAGAUUUAUUGCAAUGGCUCUUUAUCAUGGCCGAUUUAUAUAUAGUGGAUUUACGAUGCCGUUUUAUAAGCGCAUGUUGAAUAAAAAGUUAGUAAUGAAGGAUAUAGAAUCCAUCGAUCCAGAAUUCUACAAAUCCCUCGUUUGGAUAAAAGAAAAUAACAUCGAUGAAUGUGGCCUAGAAUUAUAUUAUAGUGUAGAUUUUGAAAUUCUUGGUCAGGUGAUACAUCACGAAUUGAAAGAAGGUGGUGACAAAGUUAGAGUAGGUGAAGACAAUAAGGAAGAAUACAUCAGAUUGAUGACGGAGUGGAGAAUGACGAGAGGUAUAGAAGAGCAAACGAAGGCAUUUUUGGAAGGUUUCAAUUCGGUCGUACCGCUCGAAUGGCUCAAGUAUUUCGAUGAACGUGAAUUGGAACUUAUGCUUUGUGGUAUGCAAGAGAUAGACGUUGAAGAUUGGCAGCGCAAUACUAUAUAUAGACACUAUACUCGUAGUAGCAAACAGAUCCUAUGGUUUUGGCAGUUUGUGACAAGAACGGAUAGCGAAAAGAGAGCUAGAUUACUGCAAUUUGUAACGGGUACUUGCCGUGUACCUGUAGGUGGAUUUGCUGAAUUGAUGGGAAGCAACGGGCCACAAAGAUUUUGUAUAGAGAAAUUUGGAAAGGAUACCUGGUUACCAAGAUCACAUACCUGUUUCAAUAGAUUAGAUUUACCACCUUAUAAAAGUUACGACCAAUUAGUAGAGAAGCUGAAUUAUGCAAUUGAAGAAACGGAAGGCUUUGGCCAAGAAUAAUUGUGAAUAUAUUAAUUAAUGAUUAAUGUGGUAGGUACGCUACAUUCUGUGUAUGAUUAGUGGAUGCGAACAAAAUUUAACGUAGUAGUAUCGUAAACCGACGACAAAUGAUUAUUCCAUGCUACAUUCAAAAUCUGUUUGGAGAAAAUCUGUUUGGAGCAGUUAUAGUAAUAAAUUGUAAAAGUUGCAAAUAAUUGAAGAUGUGUAUAGACAUAUUGUUCCAAAAUAUUUGUAUGAAAUGUCGUAAAUUAUAUGCAAAUGUAAUAAUAUUAUUCUAUUAUAAUUUAUUUCAACAUAUUUCGUAUUUUAUCGACAUUUUUAACUUAACCUUAAGCAUUAAAUAGAACGUUAAUAGAACAUGAAGUUUAUAAUAAAACUAACAAUAAUAUAAAUAUGUGUUAGAAACUAAAUAAAAUAUACAAUUUAAUAUUUCUU